CCCACGGGCUCUCCAUUCUUUGAACGGACUUUAGGCUUGCUCGUUCCGUCACUCUCCACCCGGAAGCGUUGAGCAUUCAUAUAUCGCUAGAAUGGCAAAGGACUCGGCAGUGAAUUCGAAGCUGAUUGUUACUGAUGAAGAUGCAAAGCCAAUUGCUAAGCCACAGCAUAGUAAAAAGCUUACUUUGUACUUUGGCUUGGCAGUGGCUGCUACCGUCGGCAUGGCAGUUCUAGCUACAGUCCUAGCUGUCACCUGGGUCAAGAGUCUGCCCUGUACCUCUGGAACGUCCGGUAUUACCGCGCCUGCAGGUUGUGCUAUACCCAAGAGUACAUUCCCGGAAGACUGGCUCAAGUUCUUUCAUAUUUCUGAUGUUCACAUUGACCCCGAAUACCUUGACAAUAUUUCAGGUCAUACCUAUUGUAGGAAUUAUUCUGCUGAAGCUAAACUUGCUUCUUACCUUGCUCCUUAUGGUCGACCAAACUGUGAUUCUCCGAAACUUCUGAUUCAGGAUGCUUUCCAGACAAUGAAAAAAAUCAGCACUAGCAUAUGGGAGGAGAAUUGGCCUGACUUCAUUGUUUUCACAGGUGACAUGGCUGCCCACUCCCUUGGCACUCCCACAGGGGAUGUAGUUCUUGGAGCUAUUACCAUAGCUACAGAUGAGCUUCGAAACACAUUUCCAAACACUUAUGUUUUCCCCUGUCUGGGCAAUAAUGAUAUACCAGAAGAUUACUACAUUCCUCCUCAUCCACAAGGAUGGUACACUGAAGUAAUGAACAAGUGGAAAGAAUUUGUUAUUUGUGAAAAAUGCUACUGGCGAUUUGAUCAGCCGCCUGUGAAAGAAAAUGAAUUUAUGAAAACGUUUGUUACUGGUGGUUAUUAUAAAGCACAGCUAACUCCUAAACUUAGUUUGCUUGUGUUAAACACCAAUUAUUUCAGUGCCUGGGCAACUGUUCAAACAGAACUGUUUUUGGAGACUGCAAAAGGUCAACUGGAAUGGUUGAGACAGCAGCUUCAGAGAGCUGAAGACUAUGAUGCAAAAGUGAUUAUUUCAGGUCACAUACCACCUGGCAUCUCUACCUAUGGUCUGUCACCUCUUUGGUUUGACAACUAUACUAAAACAUAUUUGCACUUGACUGGAGAAAGAUAUCCUCAUGUUAUUGGAGGACAGCUGUUCGGCCACAUACAUCGGGAUGACUUCAGAUUUUUCUUUGCUCAACCUGAUCAGCCAUUGGUGGAGGAGUCGUCGGCAAUCCUCCUAACUCCAUCUAUUUCUCCAGUCUACAACAAUAAUCCAGCAUUCCGUCUGGUUUACGUUGAUGACCAAACCAACGUAUUUGUAGAUUACAAGCAAUGGUACUUAAACAUGGCUCUGUCAAAUGAGCACAACGAAACUCACUGGUUCCAUGAGUACACAUUCUCUGAAUCAUAUCCAUCAUGCUUUGGACAAGUGAUUAAUAAUGAGAAGAUCCUUGACAUCACUAAUGGUGUUAUCUCCAGGAGAGAGGACUACACGUGGCUGCAGUAUAUCUGGCAUCGUCAAACCGAGUUUCUCCCAGACACAGCAACAUUCUCACAGAAUUUACAAUAUUGUUGUAUGCGCAGUAUAACCUCAGACAUCCUUGAGAAGUGCAAGAAAGAACAUCCGUUUAUACCUGGAUAAACAGCACAUGGCAAACUGACUCAUCAAUUCUGUUCUUGUUUGUGAUGUCUCAAUUUCUUCAACUUCAUCUUAGUUACUGUCGACUGUUUAGUGAUGAAAACCUAUUAGUUUUUCAAUGGUAUAAGGCAGUUAUGUUGAUCACAGAGUAAACUCAUUAUUCAGUGUCUAUUAUAACAUUCAGUGUGUCAUAUGUGUGUUGAUAUAACGCAUUGAAAUUUUAAAUUACAAAACAAUCUUUUGAAAUAGAUAAACACAAUCAUGCUUAAUAGUCA